AUGGUGGAGGGAAUUAGUGGAGUUGCAUGUUCGAGGACCAAGGGUAGCGUCCGAUUUACGAUAAAAAGCAUUUUUUCUAAAUUUGAACUGGACAUUCAUGCAUUGGUUAUUGGUUCGAUCACUUCAGUUACACCAGCGGUUAGUGUCGAUAUUGGGCAAUGGAGACAUUUGGCAAAUCUCCAAUUGGCAGACCCAUAUUUUGGUACUCCGGGUCAUGUUGAUGUACUUCUUGGUGCUGAUGUCUGGGGUUCGAUUGUAGAAGGGGAUGUCAUACAUGGAGGGUAUGAUGAACCUCACGCACAGCUUACCCGACUUGGUUGGGUUGUAUUUGGGACAGCGUCCGUUCCGGGCCAUUCUAGUACAACAGUUGGCAAUUAUUGCGCGCAGAUUACAGACGAGUCUUACUUGGAGGAUCUCAUUUGUAAUUUUUGGAAGCUCGAAGAAGUACCGGUGACAACUAAGAGCUCGGAUGAUGAAUGCGAGCGAUUCUUUGCCACUACACACCAACGUAUGGCCGACGGACGCUAUGUUGUGAGAUUGCCAUUCCGUCAAGAUGGUCAACCGUUAGGCGACUCUUACGUCAACGCUCGACGUCAGUUCUCGCGUUUGGAGCGACGUCUGGCUGCGGAUCCGGACAUGCAUGCAAAAUAUAUAGCGUUUAUGAGGGAAUAUGAGUCCCUUGGCCAUAUGGAAAGAGUUGUUCAGCCAGUUGUUCAAUCCGGAUGCUAUUAUAUUCCCCACCAUGCUGUAUUGGGAAAGUUUAGAGUGGUGUUCAAUGCAUCCGCUCCUACCUCCAACGGGCUUUCGCUUAACGAUAUCCAACUGGUUGGAUCCCCCAUUCAAGAUUCGUUAAUCAACAUUAUCCUCCGCUUCCGACGCUAUGCCAUCGCGAUCACAGCCGAUGUGGAGAAGAUGUUUCGCCAGGUUCUCGUGGCAGCACAAGACAGAGACUUUCAGCGUAUACUUUGGCGUGAAUCUCCAUCAGAGGAAGUAAUUACUUACCGGCUGUCUACUGUCACGUAUGGCAUGGCAUGCAGUCCUCAUAAUGCGAUAAGGGCUAUGCAUCAGUGUGCGUACGACAGCUUCGACAAGAUUCACGAUCGCAAUAUGGGCAUCCAAGCGCGAGAAGCCAUUCUCUCAUCCUUCUACGUGGAUGAUUUCCUCACCAGUUGUAGCACCGUCGACAGUGCUAUCACUUUAGCAACGAAUAUCGACACCAUACUGACAGCUGGAGGCUUUAAGUUACGGAAGUGGAAUUCUAAUGACGCCGCCGUAUUGAUUCCAUUAGGGAAGGGCUUAUCACCGACGGAAUGCCCUAUUGAUGCACCAGUGGCCUCUGUGCUAGGUUUGCGAUGGAGUCCAGUCGACGACAUCCUGCUGUUCAACGUGGAACUCAAGCAACCCGGCGGUGUAUACACCAAGCGCAGUGUGCUCAGCGAGGUGGCGAAGUUGUUUGACCCAACAGGAUUCUUGUCACCCGUAGUGGUGGUGGGGAAGAUAUUUAUUCAAACUCUUUGGUCCGCAGGUAUUGAUUGGGAUACUGCUCUAACAACGGAAUUACGAGAAAUUUGGCUAACAUUUCGCAAUGACCUUACUGCUCUCAACAUGCUUCGGAUACCUCGUUGGCUUGGGAUGAAGGAAGGGUCGACUACCACGCUUUAUGGGUUCUGCGAUGCCAGCCAAAAGGCAUAUGCUGCUGUGGUGUACGCUCGAACAACGAAUUCUCAGGGGGACGUUCACGUAGCUUUAAUUACGGCCCGAACCAAGGUGGCACCCCUAAGAGGAGCCACUAUACCUCGCUUAGAGCUAUGUGCGGCACAGUUACUAGCUGAGACUCUUCGAAACGUCCGAAGUGCAUUAGGAUUAGUCGACCAAGUAGCAUCUUUGUGGUCAGACUCGACUAUCACCCUCUGUUGGUUGCGAAAACAGCCUGAGACGCUUAAACCCUAUGUAUCAAAUAGGGUCCGGCGAAUACAAGAGUUAACUUUGAGGGAUGAAUGGCAUUAUGUACGUUCCUCGCAAAACCCCGCGGAUUGCGCUAGUAGAGGCAUAUCUGCUUCAGAACUUUUGGACCACCAUUUAUGGUGGAGUGGUCCCAGUUGGCUACGGGAUGACACAAUAGAUCCCACCUGUCACCCUAAACUACGUGAUUGCGAUGAAGCUGUAGUGAAUAGCGAGAGAAGGGUACAGUGUUUAGCCGUCACAGUCCCUAAUUUAACAUUGACAACGCGACGUUUAGACGGGGAAAUUAUUCCGCUUACAGAUCGAUUCAGCUCGUUAAAAAAACUUAUACAUACUACGGCGUUAAUACUGAGGUGGCUUCCUAGAAGUCGGAGUUUUCGCCGUUCCACAAUUGACCCCCAGGAGAUGGAGACGGCGUUAGAAUGGCUUAUGAGGAUCGAUCAAAUGAAUGCGUUUCCGAAAGACAUUAGGUGCAUACAGGGUGGGUCGGCAUUACCCACUGCUAGUAGUAUACUCCCGUUAAAUCCUUAUCUAGAUGACCACGGACUACUACGAGUUGGAGGCCGCAUUUCGAAAUCUGCGUUAAUCGAGGCACAUAGACACCCAAUCAUUCUUCCGAAGUCAACGGGGCUAGUCCGGCUGCUUAUUACACAGGCACAUAUCGACACUCUUCACGGCGGAACUCAGCUGACUCUUCAAACUCUUCGAUGUCGCUUUUGGAUUAUUCAUGGGAGAGUAGCAGUACGUAGUCUGAUCCUCAAAUGUGUCAUAUGUCGUCGCAACCGGGGAGCUGUUUUAACACAACAAAUGGCCUCGCUACCUCGGCAUCGGGUUCAGGCAGCUCGACCCUUCAUUGCGUCCGGUGUUGAUUACUGUGGCCCGUUCAACUUGCGUAUUGGGACCAAAAGAUCGCGGACUACAGUGAAAACGUACUUGGCGAUUUUUGUUUGUACGGCGACGAAGGCUGUUCAUAUUGAGGUUGCUGAUGAUCUCUCCACACAAGCUUUUUUGGACGUAUUUACUCGGUUUGUUAGCCGGCGAGGUCCAUGUAGGGACUUGUACAGCGACAACGGAACUGCGUUCGUUGGAGCUAACCGCGUUCUGAAGGAAGACUUAGCCGCCUGGUUUAAGGAACGGAGUAUUCAGUCACUGGCUGAUUUGGGUACCCGGUGGCAUUUUAUAACGCCGAGCGCUCCACAUCAAGGAGGCCUAUGGGAAGCAGCUGUGAAGUCUGCAAAGCGGCACUUAGUACGCGUAGUGGGUACGCAAGCACUUUGGUACUCUCAGCUACAGACGUUGGCGACUCGCAUCGAGGCUUGUCUGAAUUCUCGCCCACUCGUACCAUUGCACGAUGACCCGGAUGACAAGUAUGCAUUAACUCCAGCCGACUUCUUAAUAGGAUCUCAAAUAAUAGCUAUCCCAGAGCCAGACGUUUCAGAGAUUCCUGCCAACCGAGUGAAGCACUGGCAAUGGUUACGGCAGAUGCAUCAGCUCUUUUGGAAAAGAUGGAAUGAGGAGUAUUUGGCAACUUUACAGGCGAGGACAAAGUGGCAACGACGGGUUCCUAACAUAAGACUGGGUGACAUCGUGGUAAUACGCCACGAAAAUCUACCACCUACUCAUUGGAGACUAGCACGCGUCACUGAACUCCACCCAGGCACCGACGGAGCAGUCAGAAAUGUUACACUGGCAACCGCACAUGGUUCGUGCACCCGGGCCGUGCAGAAGCUAUGCCUUCUUUUGGAGGAUCACAUUGAAACCAACGUUUCAACCGGGGAGGAUGUCUAA